GGCCACCGGCGCAACAAGUCCUCUACUUCGGUGCUCAAAUCAUUGAUGGUCUCGAAGGGUCACAAGAAGACUCCAUCAGAUGGCACGCCUCUGAGCAUCAAAGAGGCCCAUAUCACGCAGUCAUACGACCCCAGAUCCAACAUGAACGCCAUGCCUAUGCUCCCGCCGGAUCAUCCUCAUACCCAGCGUGCCCUCGGCCAAAUACACAACCCUCCUAGCAACCCUGCAUCAUCACGGAAGUCCAAGGACACCAAAGAUGCCAAGCCCAAAGGCCUACACAAGAAGACUCUCAGCUCGGUCUCGUUGCGGUCUUUAGCUAAGGAUAAGGACAAGGAAGAGAAAAGGCAUUCACGGGAGCCGAGUCGAGCUCGUGCGGACAAGGACGAGACCGGAAGUCCGAAGAAGAACAAAUCCUCGACAAACCUAGCCGCUGUAUUCCACAAGUCGAAGGCACCUAAGGAAGUCAACCGAAAUUCCCACAAUGCGAGAGACAAGGAGAACACCACACCGCCUGGCUCUGCUAUUGCACCAGAAGUACAGACUCCGAUUUGGGCCCAAUUCAGCUCACAGCCCUUCCAAGAAGUCAGGACCACGAGCACCAUUCCUCUCAACGACCGUCGAUCGAUUGAACAGGAAAUCGCCCUCUAUACUCCUACCGAAUACUCUCCGUCUAAACAACGGAACUUCUAUGACUAUGGACAGCCUUCGCUGCAGAAGCGACCGGGUGCGGCUUCAAAAGAGAGGCCUAAGUCUACCUUCCUGCCUAGUACCGGAUCGACCUCCAACUUCAUGGAGACCCUAUCUCGAAAGAUGAGCGGCGAGCGCGCGCCGUUGUCUGCCACAAAGGGGAAUGAGAUUCGGGGGAAAGAGGAUACUAGUUCGAGGGGGGCCACGACUAGAGGAAUGUUGAGACGCGCAAGUUCCGAGGGUCGCAAGUCUAUGGACGAUAAGCCCAGACCGGGACAAACCGUAGCCCAGAAAGGUGCCCGUGUGAUGGCUGCAGUUGCAGUCUUCAACGGUAAAUCGAAGGAAGCCGAAGUUGGCGCGUCAUCACCGUUGAACCCGAAGGAUAUCGACGAGGAGUUUGAAGCUGUUCUGGAGUCUAGGAAUAUUCCAGAGCAUCAACGAGUGCAGAUGCGAAGCCUUACUCACGACAUUAAGGCGAACUUCGUUCGGGUUCACAAAGUUGAUGCACCCCAGCCAACGCCCCAGCCAGCAAAGGAGGCUACGACAAAGCGUUCUCUCUGGGGCGAUGCUGCGUCUAAGCGUCCUACUCUCGGUAGAUCUGCGAAGUCCCGGGAUGGGUCGCAUGAAGACGAGGCCACUGAUGCCGCGGAUGCAUCCAAGUCUGCAAGCACGUCCAAACGUACUAGACCUCGAAGCAGGGCCUUCACCUUCAGCAAGGGAGAUUCUCCGACCAAGAAGCAGAAGGCGGAGGGAGAACUUCCCAAAUCAUCUUCAACGAAGGCAAUGAUUCCCAAGUCCCCGUCCUCGAAGUCUCUUGCAUCGAUGAAUGGUACUCAGGGAUCAUCGUUCUUUUCGAAGAACCCCAAGUCCGCUACACCAGAUGAAUUUGUCGCCUACAUGCGAAAGGUACAGAAGCCUCAAGCAGUUGAAGUCGGCAAAAUGAACAAGCUACGCCAGCUUCUGAGGAACGAGACUGUAGAAUGGGUGGAUGGGUUCAUGCGUCAAGGCGGUAUGACGGAGCUAGUAGGCCUCCUUCACCGGAUCAUGGAGGUUGAAUGGCGGGAGGAGCAUGAAGACACUUUGCUUCACGAAGUGCUUCGCUGCCUAAAGGGCCUAUGCACCACCGACCUGGCUCUGAAAGAGCUUUGUCACGUCUCUUCGACACUCUUCCCAGUAUUGAUCGCCAUGCUGUUCGACCCAGAGCACAAAGGACCCAGCGAGUUUACUACACGAGAUCUAAUCCUCAGCCUGUUGUUUGCUCACCUUUCGUCUGCCCCGCUGGCCGAUCGUGGUUCCAGAGCGAGGGAAAUAUUGUCUUACCUAAAGGAUCCUGUGAACGAGAAGGAAGCCCAAGCUAUCCCAUUCGUCCUCCAAAUGCAUCAGCCACGUCCGUAUCGUGUUUGGUGCCGCGAGAUCAGUAACGUUACGAAGGAGGUGUUUUGGAUCUUCAAUCAUUCUGCGAAUGUUGUUCCCAUGCCUAAGACCAUCGAGGACGGCAGAUCCUACGCAGAAACACACUUCCCCGGCCCACGACCCAUUGUUGCAGCUCAGCCAUAUGUCGGUGGGGUGGAGUGGGAUUCUACGAACUACCUGGCAACCCACCUCGACCUUCUGAAUGGACUUAUCGCUUCGCUUCCUGAGAAGGAAGACCGGGAUGCUCUCCGUACCGAGCUGAAGGCAUCUGGGUUCGAGAAGUUGCUUGGAUACUUGAGAGCCUGCAGUGAAAAGUACUACGCUGCAGUUCACUGUGGCCUCAAGACGUGGGUCCGCGCCGCUGUUGCCGAUGACUGGGAUGCUAGGACAGUCAGGAUGUACGGUGGCGAUGGAGCCAUGCCCAUCAGUCCUAAGAAGAGCCCCAAGAAGGCAGAAAAGGCACCGGUGAUCGAAGCACCGAAUCUUGGUUUGGGCAACAAUCUAGGCCUUGGACUGGAUUUCGGCAAGGACCAGAAAGCGAAGAGCGCAGAGCGUGAUUCAGAUGAUUGGAUUUAGAGCUCUAGAUCAUGUCUACGGUUGGCUCUGAGAAUGGUUGGACAGAGAGAUGGUUCUAUUGAGUUAGGUGUGUGGUGUCGAAUUUGCUGUCCGCCCGGUUGGUCAUGGAUGGAGUCUGAGUCUUAAUGGGUCUGGGUCUGGGUCUUUGAUUGGGUUCUUGUUUCCUUUUUCUCUACUGCCCUAUGGGUCACGACUUUCUUUCUUUACGUCUUGCAUGACUGCAUGGGGAUGUAAUGAUUUGACGACGAUGAUCGAUGAUUACACUGGAUAACGAGUCUCUGCUUUCUUCUUGUAGAUAUUCUUUGUGCGAAAUAUGUUUCAAUCUUCAAACGAAGCGCGUGAUGUGAAAGCUAGAUACUAGACGCUGUCAGUUGAUGAGCAGUGUGAAGUUCGGG